AAACAUCCGAAGCGAUCAGUUUGGCUGCGGCUGAGAGCUGAAGGGGAAGAAACGAGCGUGAAAACCCAGCUGAACUGGAGGGCUUCAAAGGAAAGAUGAGCUCAACAUACAGCAGCCUUCAUGACAAUUAUGUUUCCAACAAAGGGAGGAAAACCAGCUGUGUGACAUUAGCUGUGAUUCUGGGCUGUCUGACUGUGCUCGGCAUUAUUCUUGCCAUCGCUGUGUUGGAGAGACCAGCAGCUCCUGACAACCAUGAGACUCUUCCUGAGGAUACAGGUGGGAUCAACCUCACGGACCAGUGCAGCAUGGCCCUUGUGGAAAGCAUUCCUCUAUAUUUAAAAUACAAAGACAAUGCAACUUUUGGGAUCCCUCUGGAACAAGCCUGGAAGGACCUGAUCUCCAUAGCGUCACACAGAGUGGAAGUGGUCUCGUUCUACUGGACAUUAACAGGGGAAGACAUCAAUGUUAACUCCACCACUGAUCUCCCCGGAAGGGACAUCUUACAGGCACUUGGGGAGCUGCCCUCCAGGAACGUCUCAGUCCAAGUGGUGACCAGUGUUCCCACAGUUAAGACAAACUCCACAGAUCUAAAGAUCCUAAAACAGAAAGGGGUUCAUGUGAGGAGCGUAGAGUUUGGUCGCCUGACGGCAGGCGUCCUCCACACCAAGUUCUGGAUCGUUGACCUGACGCAUGUGUUUAUUGGAAGUGCCAACAUGGACUGGAGGGCUCUGACACAGGUGAAGGAGCUGGGAGUGGUGGUCUAUAACUGCUCCAGUCUUGCAAGAGACCUCCAUAAGAUCUUCCAGUCCUACUGGGUGAUGGGGAAACCCAACAGCUCCCUGCCGCAGCCCUGGCCUGAAAAAUAUUCCACUAACAUCAAUAAACAGCGCCCUCUGCUGGUGAAGGAGGAUAACAUCUCCAGCAGCCUUUACAUUGCUGGUUCUCCGCCAUCCUUUUGUCCUCCAUCAAGGACUCCGGACCUGGAGGCGCUUCUGUCCUCGAUCUCAGAGGCUGAGAAAUUUGUCGACGUCGCCGUCAUGGAGUAUUUGCCCAUCACUUAUUUCGAAAGUCCUCACAGGUACUGGCCGUUCAUCGAUGAUGCGAUCAAGAUGGCUGCAUUUGAAAGGAAAGUGAAGAUCAGGAUGCUGAUCAGCUGCGGGCGUGACUCCAAUCCGGCCAUGCUGCCCUUUCUUCAGUCUUUGGCUUCAAUGGACUACCCUCGCCAUCAAAUCAGCGUCCAAAUAAAACUGUACAUCGUCCCCGUAGGAAAUCAGUCUGAUAUUCCUUACUCCAGAGUCAACCAUAAUAAAUACAUGGUGACGGAUAAAGUUGCAUACAUAGGUACCUCCAACUGGGUGGGCGACUACUUUGUGACCACAGCUGGAGUGAGUCUGGUGAUUUCCCAGAACAGUCCUCAGUCCUCGUUGGACAACAGGACCCUGCGCCACCAGCUGAAGGAGACAUUCGACAGAGACUGGCACUCAGAAUUCGCUGUACACCUCGGGGAUCUUGGGCACAACCCAGACUGUGCACUAUCCCCAAGAUGACUAAAGUUCUUAUCAAACGACUAUAAAUAAUUUAUUUUGCUAUCAUUGCAACAUUUGCAUCUUGGAUGUAGCUUUGCAUAUUUUUACAUUUUCAGCAUAUGAGCAUCUUAUGUAAUUUUUAGAUUUUUUUUUACAAUCCAUGAUUUAGGCAAUAGUAGUUCCUCAUACAUUUCUGUAAUUUUUUUCCCCCCAGUAUUGCUUCUUUGAAUGUACAAUAUAUGGAGAUACUUUAUAAUAUGCAGUCGAAUUCAGCUGUUACACUUAAAAAGCAACAAUUUCACUGUCAGUUAUUUGCUUAGUAAGUUUGAACACCGCCUCGUCAUAGUUUUAAGACCCUGUUACUGUGUAAUUCUAAGUUAACAUUUCCAGAAAAAUCAAACAUUAUUGCCUGGAUUUGAUGCUGCGUUUCAUUUACCUCAGAAGUUGGAACUAGGAGUUGGGAAUGGCGAAAAAAACCCGAGUGAACAAUGUUCCACUUAACACAGUCGGAGAAGUUGGGAUUUCAAAAUAAAAACAAAAAACAAAAGGUCUGAAUUCCAAUGUGGUGACAGCCAAGAAAUCUGUUGUUUUGUUUGUAGUACCACUUACAAACGACGUUUAAAGCUAUACUUUCCACAUGCAAACACCACUUUUGAUUUUUUUUUUUUUAUUCAGACUUGCAGCUGCUACAUGUACAUUUAUUUUCAGAUGCAAUCUUACAACCUUGUCGUGUAAAAUAAACAUGUUUUCACCACAGCUUACUGUUGUUGAUGCAAGGUGCUGCCAUAUUGCGUUAUUGGCCUUAAAACACUUCUCCGACUUUCCAAGUGGGAAGUCAGACUCUAGUAGUUUAAUAAUUUUCGGGUUCAGGCUGCAACUAGAACGCAACAUAAGACCGCACUAAAACAGAUUGAAAAGGCAACUUCAGCAUGGCAGCUGCAGCUAUGAGAAUGACAUCUUGGCAGUUUUUGCUCAGCCCAACCUCAAACUCUUUGCCUUUUUUUUUGUUUUGAAACCUCCUUGUAACAGAAGUUCUAGAAAAACACAGCACAAUAUUUUUUAAAGAUUAAAAAUAUGCACCUUGUCAUGUCUUCUUUUUCUCUAAUAAAAAAUAUACUCAUAGCUGCAAUCAUAUCCUUGCAGAAAACAAAAAAAUACAUUGCAGUCAUGGCUUAUGUCUGGCUCAACAGUAUCUAAUAACUUUUUAAAUAUUAUCCUCAUGCAUGAUUUAUCGAGGUUCUCAACAGAUAAACUAUGAACAAAAAUCCUGGACAACACCUGCCAUCAGGAUAGACACUGGAUAGAUAUGAGUUUACAGGCCUUCCACAAAGCUCCUUUUUUCUGAAUAACAAAGCAUUGACUACUGUCAGGAUGGAAGAACAAUUUUACCCAGUACAACAAAAAGUGUUUCUGAACAGGAUUACCAACUACAGCUUUAAAGGAGACUCUGUAUUACAGGUGAUAUAAUAACUAAAGAGGAUUUCAGACUCUUAGACCAGAAAGCAAGUGUGGGUGGUGGGCUCCUACAUUAAAAAUAGUAGACACCUUUCAAAAUAAAUCACUUUUAUAUCCUGGAGCAUUAUUGCUACUGUAAAUGUAUUCACAUGCUCUGUAUGUAAAAGAGGCAUUUGUUCUCUCUCCCAGUCCUGGAAGAAUAAAAUAACAUAACUUUGUUCUUGCA